GGUGACCGCAGUUUCUCCUCCCCCAAUCCAUUCACAACCGCCAUGGGUCUUUUCAGACGGCGUGGAAAUGGCAGCGACGCCGACAAUGGCGAAGACUCGUCCACUUCGGAACAGCAGACUAAGCAGAAGGGCGGCUGGCGUAGACCCGCCAAUACCGCCUUCAAACAGCAGCGACUCAAGGCAUGGCAGCCGAUUCUGACACCCAAGACCGUUUUGCCCACUCUCUUCAUCAUCGCCAUCCUCUUCGGGCCCAUCGGUGGCCUUCUCAUCUGGGGCAGUAGUCUCGUUAGCGAGAUCACGCUCGACUAUACCGAUUGCGACCAACUUACCUCGUCCUCCGCAUCCUCGCCACAAUUCACUAACGUCCCCACGUUCAGUUACCGCUUACGUUCCCGUGAUGCGCACUUGCCGUUUAACCCCCCUCAGUAUGCGUUCGUGAACGACACUGGCGAGAAUCAAUGCCUCGUGCGCUUCGACGUACCCGCAGACCUCCCGGCGACGGUGUUGCUAUACUACAAGCUCACAAAUUUCUACCAAAAUCACCGACGAUACGUGAAGAGCAUUGAUUCGAACCAGCUCAAAGGCGAUCAUGUCUCGUUUAACACCAUAAAGGGUGGUGAUUGCAAGCCUCUUGAUGUUAAUACAACGUCUAACAGGAUCAUUUGGCCGUGUGGGCUCAUUGCCAACUCGCUUUUCAAUGAUACGUUCUCAAACUUGACGGCCGUUGCUACCGACGGUUCUACAAACAGCGACUAUACCUUCUCAGCUAAGGGUAUUGCCUGGCCAGGAGAAGCCAAGAAGUACUCAUCAACGCCAAACUACAAUCUCUCGGAGAUCGAGCCUCCGCCAAACUGGCAGCUACGCUUCCCGGACGGAUACAAUGAUACGAACUUGCCAAACUUGCACGAAGAUGAGCACUUCCAAAACUGGAUGCGCACGGCGGGUUUACCGACGUUUACGAAGUUGUAUGGGAGGAAUGAUGAUACGACACUUGUGCAUGGGACGUAUCAGCUUAAUGUCACCAUGAACUUCCCGGUGCGACCAUACAGCGGUACCAAGUCAAUUGUCAUUUCGACUGUGUCAUGGAUAGGUGGUAAGAACCCGUUCCUCGGCUGGGCUUACGUUGCUGCCGCUGGUGUAUUUGUCCUUCUCGGUGUUGCCGGGCUCAUUCGGCAUCUUGUCAAGCCAAGACGCCUCGGGGAUAUGUCUUUGCUGUCUUGGAGUCGAUGAUAGAGUAUAUUCAUCACUUCCGACCCUCAUCAAUUCCUGUGUUACUUCACUGAUGAACUGUCCUUCCUUUCUUGUCCUAUUUCCGUAUUUAUAUUAAUUCGUUUUCUUGACUACAUACAUACGUGUGUGGCUAGGUUUGAAUGGGGUUGGAGGUUGUGAAAUUGUAUGAGUGGUGCGAGUAUAUGAUAUGAUUAAUCGUUCUGGUAAUGAAGAUAUCCGUACAUAAAAUACUUGAAGCUACUGUUAGUAAGUUUCUAAGACUCCAAUUUGAGAAGCUAGUGGGCUUGCACUAUAACCGUCCUUCUAAACCGAUACCUUCACAGGAUAUGAUUGCCUGAUCUGUCCCGUCAACGUUCUCGCUUACUUCAAACUUGGCACUGGUCAGUUGUUCAGCUACCCAAAUUGUCGUCCUCGUAUGCAGUGUGACUUUCCCGGUUUUAACCUCCGACCGACCCUUCGCAAGUGCAAGGAACACGAUCAUCUGAUCUUGCAUCCAACAAUCUACACAUCCUCCUUCCUCCAAGUUCUUCAAUAACUCCUCAGCUGCUUCUCGACCUGUUUGCGAAGCUCGUACUCUGCCUGAACCGAUUGCGGAACCCGAGAGGAGGACGUCUGUGGAUGUACGUGCGAGGAGGAAGAUUGAGGAACCUGAAGUGCCUUUUGGGUGACUUUCUAUGUCUAUGUUUAUGUUGAAUUGUUGGUUUAGGUUUGGAUUGGGGGAAGAGAGGAGAGGGGUGAUUAGGGGAGAGAAAAAGAUUGUUUCGAGUGCUGCUGCGCGCAUCUCGUUUGCUACUUUCUUGCCUACUGCACCGCUGAUGACGACUCUACCUUCUAUGCUGAGCAGGGUUCCGCGGUCUAGGAGCUUGAGACUUCGGAGAGUCUCACCGCGGCGGAGGGAGGGUAUGACGGCGCGCAGAAGGCCGCCGCCGUGUGGGAAGAAUCCGCGCUGUUUGAGGUCUAGACUUAGAGAUCCCCGGGAAGAAGUGGAUGAGGAAGUGGAAGAGGAUGAGAAGGAGGAUGGAAGGAUGUGAGUUGAGAGGAAUGGGAGGAGGACGUGUUGAGAGAAGUCUAUAGGUGGAGCGUGGAUGGCGUUCGUCCCUCCGCGGAGAGUAAGUGUUGAUUCCCAGUUCAUCCCGGUUUCUUUAGCGUUCUGUUGUGGUUCUUCCUUCGCAUCUGCCACUUCGCCGUCUGAAGGCGAUGGAGAGGGAGCAGGCUCGGGAAAUAGUAGACAAGGCAAGGAUACCUGGUAAAGUAACAUCGUUGAUCCAGCUGUCCCGGGAUCUGCUUCGUAUUCUCCUGCACGGAUGAAACCUGGUGAGGAGUCAAAUGAGACCGUGAUUGAGCCCUUUUCGAUCCCUUCGGCCUGAGCAUUACAUAUUCGUUUUACGAGAUCGAGUCCUGCAGCAUGCUGAGCCUUGAGGCCGGGUUGAUCCCUUCCUUGACGGACGUUACGGAUGUGUACCGGUGUUCGUGUGAGCGCGGAGAGACCCACUGCGUUACGCAUUAGUUGGCCUCCGCCUUCGAGGGUGCUUCCAUCGAGCUCGAUGGUUCGCUUUGUUGCGUUAGAUGAAGUGGAUGCCAUACACCUCAAAAAUUGUGCGGUGAAUUGGGCAACUCGACUUCCAGGCCUAAACAUGGAGGGUGAGUCGAGAGUCUCGACCUGAGGCGAUCAAUGAAUCAUGACUGGAAGGAACGCGUCUUCGCUUCCGUCGGUCAUCUUCUUCCAUCUUCUUCCGGCGCUAGCUGAUCUCCCUCUGCUUGCUUGAUCUACAUCUCCAAAUUGCAACAGCAAUAUCAUGACCGCAGCGUUCUUAUAACGUCCGCUUAUGAAGUUAUAUGAACGUGUAUGGGGGAUGGACAGGGCAUCUAUGACCCUAGCAGCGGAAGCUGUCUAUUAUUAGCCUAGCAACCCCCGUUCGUUAUAGUCCGUAGACUGCAGGCGACGCAUAUAAGUAACUACACAGGUUAAUCCCCCUCAUCAAUCAUCUACCUCCCCCACUUCAGCUCUAUACUAGCGUCUCAAAGAUAUUUUAAGAAUGGCCCUUGCAAAGCACGUCAACCCGGACAGACUGCUCAGAGAAGCGAAAGACCACAAGUCGAAGAACCAUGCGCAUCAUCUCACUCAGACAGACCCAACGUCGACGUCGUCUACGUAUGGCGCUCGUUAUGGCGCUAUUUCCUUGCCAAAAUACAAAAUCCCUUCAAAGGGAGCGGAUGCGGACGCCGCCUACCAAGUCAUCCAUGAUGAACUCACCCUCGAUGGUUCCCCGCUUUUGAACCUUGCGACCUUCGUGACGACGUGGAUGCCGACUCAUGCUGAUAAGCUCAUGCAAGAAAAUAUGAACAAGAACUUCGUUGACCAGGACGAAUAUCCGAUGACUCAAAUGGUUCAUGAGAGAUGUAUUUCAAUGCUCGCGGACCUCUGGAACGCUCCGAACACCAAGCAAGCCAUCGGUACCGCCACAACAGGUUCCUCAGAGGCUAUACAAUUAGGUGGACUCGCCAUGAAGCGUAUCUGGCAAGAGAAACGCAAAGCCGCUGGGAAGAGCAUCCACGAGCCUGGACCGAAUAUCGUCAUGGGUGCUAACGCGCAAGUUGCGCUGGAGAAGUUUGCUCGUUACUUUGAGGUCGAGUGCAGGCUUGUUCCUAUUUCGGAGGAGAGUAGGUACCGUCUUGACCCGAAGAAAGCGAUGGAGUACGUUGAUGAGAAUACAAUUGGUAUUUUCAUCAUUCUUGGAAGUACAUACACCGGUCACUACGAGCCCGUCAAGGAAAUGUCCGACCUCCUUGACGAAUACGAGGCUAAGACGGGUCAUCACGUCCCUAUUCACGUAGAUGCGGCGUCCGGAGGAUUCGUUGCUCCAUUUGCAACUCCCAAAUUGAUUUGGGACUUCCGCCUACCGCGGGUUGUCUCCAUCAAUACAUCUGGCCACAAAUACGGUCUCGCCUACGUUGGUGUAGGCUGGGUCAUUUGGCGUGACAAGGCCCAUUUACCUAAGGACCUGAUCUUCGAACUGCAUUAUUUGGGUUCGGUCGAGUAUAGUUUCUCGCUUAACUUUUCGCGUCCUGCAGCACCGGUUAUUGCCCAGUACUUUAACUUCGUGCACCUUGGGUUUGAGGGGUAUCGGAAUAUUGCGUUGAAUGAUUUGAGGAAUGCGAGGGUGUUGAGUCGGGCGCUUGAGAAGAGUGGGUAUUUCCAUGUGUUGAGUGAUUGUCAUCGGUUUGCGGAGAGUGGGGAGGGAGUGAUUGGGGGUGCGAAACAAGCUGUGGGGAUUUUGGAUGAGGAGGAUAUUGAGAAUUAUAUCCCUUCGCUCCCUGUCGUCUCCUUCCGGUUCUCUGACGACUUCAAAGCGAAGUAUCCGGAUAUCCAACAGAGGUGGAUGCAGACACUUCUGCGCUCAAAGGGAUGGAUCGUACCGAACUACGAACUCGCACCCAACCUACAACAAGUCGACAUUCUGCGCGUCGUCGUACGCGAGAACUUCUCCGAAGUGCUCGUCGACCGUCUCGUCACAGACAUAAUCGAGAUCACCGAGGGUCUCAUCAAAGAAGGUUCUGCCAUGCGUGCGCUCGCUGCCUUUGGCUCGACGCACAGCUCCGCUAGACGUGGUAAUGGGAAGCUCGAGGAGGGCUCGGGCUCGGAGAGUUCUGGCACUUACGCUAAGCAGUGCUAAAACUGGCGCGAGUGAGAAAAGGGAGCUGUGUACGUUCACUCAGCCCAGAUGGCAGUUGAUUGGUUAUUGUGACACACGAAUCACCGAUCUCAUGAAAACCUAAAAGUAAAAUUAAGUACCUCUCCAUCUGUACUGUCUAUAUUUGUAUACAACACCUGUAUGCUAGACGAUAAAAGAUAAAUAGGAUAUUUAACAUUGGGGACGUAUCAAUCUAUUUAUAAC